ACAAAUUCUCUGACAAAUAGUGUGAAAGCAAAGCAAAAAGUUAAAAGGAGAAUUGAACCUAACGUUAAUCUUUCCGAAGUGAAACGUUUAUCCUCACCUCUAUUUUUUUUUAUUUUCUAUUUUUAAUUUUUUUCUCUCUAUAUAUACAUACACAUAUACAUAUAAUCUCUGUAUCUCUUUGCAAAAACAAGAAAAAAAAAAUGGCUGCGAGUAGUACUGAUCCUACCCAACAACUCAAUGACUACAUUAGGACCAUGCAUGAUCAGGGCAUAUUGGAUGAUAAUUUUGAUCAACUGCUAGCGCUGCGACGUGAACAAAAUCCUCGGUUUAUUAAUGAACUGAUCUCUAUGUUCACCAACGAUGCUGAAGCUUACAUUGCCGAAAUCACUAAUGCUCUGAGCUUAAUUGAGGUGAACUUUUCAACCAUCAUAAGCAAACUCCAUCAGCUCAAAGGCAGCACCUCUGGCAUUGGCGGUCACCGGAUGUAUCAAGCUUGUUGCGAGUUACGUGUCGCCGCCGACGACGGCGACAAAGACAGGUGCGAUGAAUUAUUUCUGCGAGUGAAGGAGGAGUUCAAUACUUUGAAGCAAUGCUUGGAUUCCAUAUCCCAGAUGCGGAGCAACAUCAUCAGCAAUGGGACCAGAAGUCGUCGUCGUCGACCUCUGUAAACUCCUUUUGUUUAGACAUGGAAAAUAAAUCUCGUCUGUUUUACUUUCGAGACUGCUUUGAUGCUUUUGGUGUGUGAGACUUUGCUUUUCUGUUUCUUGCUUUGUGUGUUGUUUGCCAUUUGAGCUUUCUCUUUAAACUAUAAAGAGACCUCCAUAAUACGAUUUGUUGUUGCUUUGGUUA